AACUUGUAUUUCACAUAUACGUCAUGUUCUAAAAAUAACCGAAUUGCAUUAAUUUGUGCCUUUCUCUCGCCAUAAAAACUUCAUUCUUCCACCCGAAUAUUUGAAAACUUUUCAUUUUGUUUGCAUUUCUGCUUUACUUAAUCUGCCAAAAUGCGAUAUAGUAAGAGAGUUAUCAGAUAUAUACUUUUCAUUUUUAAUUUUUUAUUUGUGAUAUGUGGACUUGCAUUGAUCGCAGUUGGAGCUGUUGGAACCACAAAGGAUAUGACACAUUUCUUGAAUAACAAAUAUAUAUCGGUGCCUUAUAUUAUUAUAGCUGUAGGAUGUGUUAUUUUUGUAGUAGCAUUCUUUGGAUGCUGUGGCGCUCUAAAAUACAGUCAUUUUAUGAUUUCGAUUUAUGGCCUGCUCAUAGUUGCCAUUGUGGUAAUUGAGGUUGCUGGUGGAAUAACGGCCUAUCUGCACAAAGGAGAAGUUGAAGAUUUUGUCAAACAAAGUAUGAAUGAAAGCCUGGCCCAACAAAGAAAAGAUUCCAUAAAAAUUUGGCAUUUUGUGCAAAGUAAUUUGCUAUGCUGUGGUAUUGAUGGCGCAAAAGAUUAUGCUGCACUAAACAUUAAAAUUCCAAGAAGCUGUUGCAAGUUUACUGAGGAAGGAUGUAUCAGAAUAGAAAUGUGUCCUGAUGAAGAUUGCCCUGAAACAGAUGCUUGGAAACAAGGCUGCUACCCAAGAAUGAUUUACAAAAUCAAAGAGAGUAUUGAAAUCGUUGGUGGUGUUGCUAUUGGAAUUGCUGUAGUUGAGCUAGUUGGCUGCAUGUUUGCUUGGUGCUUAGCGCAUGCAAUAAAGAAAGACGAUGAAAGACGAUAAAUUGAGCAUUGAAAAGUUCAUCAAAUUCAACGAAAUCCUCAGUCUGUUCGAUUGAGAUGUUCCAUUAUGAGCAUUAAUUCAUUUUGACUCAUUUGACGUUAUUCAUAUUGACUUAAAAUUCCUUUCAGAAAUUUAAUGUAUGUAAAACUUCUGAAACACUAUAUAUUUUUUUAAUUCAACGUUUCUAGAGAAAAUUUCAAGCUUUUCCUUAUUUUAUGAUAAUAAAUAAAAUGUAU